AUGAGAGAAAAUAAUUCAACCAAUGUCAAUAUGAAAAUUUGGUAAUUGAUGUUUCUGUAACAAAUAUCAUAGUCUUAUCAGAUAAUUUAUCUUUCCUAUCUCAUUUGGUAAUUUGAUUCAUUAUAUUUGAUGUCAUAAUAUUGGAUGCUUGACAUUUUUAUGUUGACAGCUUUAGGAUUACUUAAAAUAAAGUAUUUUGUGAUUAACGUAGAUUUAAAGCAAUUGUAAAUAAUCUAAUAAUGGAUACAUUGAUUGGAAGUGUACUCAAAUUAUUACUUUUGAUUAAUGUUAAAUAUUAUCAGCGAUUUUAAAUUUAAUAUUUUAGCUAUGCAGUAAUGGCUUAUUACUUCAUUAGAGUUUUAGUAUAGAACAUUCGUAAAAUAUCUAAUAAUCAAUAAAUAUCCUAAUAUUCUUUUGUAAAGAUUUAUAUAAAUAAGAGAUUGUUUAAGGAAUAAAAUUGUUGUUUGUUUUACAAAUAAUGUUAAUAACCAUGAAACUAACAAAGACUAUAACAUGGAAUUGGUACAGUGUAUUUAGUAUCUCUUGGGGAUUGUUAAUAAUAUCUUUCAUAGUUUAUUUUGUAUUUUUACUCUCAAUUGGAGAAACUAUUGUGGAUUAUGUUAGAAAUCGAUCAAAUAAAACAUAAUGUAUAUUUAUAAUAUAAAGAAAGUGAUAGGAGGAAUAUGGUUUUCACUUUAUAUGAAUUCAUUCUCAAUAUUACCAAUGUGGUUUCUCUUAGAGGUGAGUUGGCAUGAAGAAACAAAGUUAUCAAGCACAACUUCAACUUUAUUUUUAGUAUUGAUUAUUUACAAUGGUUUAAUACUUUCAGGAUUACUAUUAUUCUUUUCUCAUAUCAAGUAAUAAUCUUAUGUAUUUAGAGAUUGUAUAUGAUUGAAUUGAAAGUAAGUUCAUCUCCCUAAACUAAUUAAAAUAAAUAGAAGUAAUCAUUUUUUAAAGUUGAUAUUCCUUACAAAAUCGUUUAAAUAUCAUCUACUUAUUUCGAUAUUAUUAGAUAUUAAAAAAACACUAUUACUGUUCAUCAUAGCAAUUAAUCAGUGGUUCAUUAAAAAACAAAAUUAAAAGCCUUUGAAUUUGUUGGAAAAACUGAACAAUUAUAAUCUCCUGCAGCAGAAAGAGACUUAGAAUUAAUUAAACAAUGUGAAGAUAAAUGUCAAAUUUGUUAUGAUAUAGAACCAAAUAUAGUAUUAUUGCCUUGUUAACAUGGAGGAAUAUGUGAAGAAUGUAUAAUCAAAUGGCUAGAAAAAUAAAAGAAUUGUUAUAUUUGUAGAGAAGUAAUUCUUAUUACUAAAAUUUUAGAAAAUUGAAAAAUAUUUAAGAAUUGCCAAAAGUAAUGAAGAAGGUAAAUUCACAAUUCGUGAUAUAGCUAUUUGUGAUUGAAAAUAGAAGAUUUAUAAAUCUCUUUUGAAUACACG